AUGCCUGCUAUCACUUUGACUAUUAAAGUGGUGCUUGCAUUAGUACAAGGUUCAUUUAUUGUGACCACCGAAUUUUGGAAUAAGUGCUCUGAAGCGGUUACUAAAUGCACACCAUUACCUGAUCCAAGAAAUUUCAUACCACAAAUUGUGGAGACUACACUUAACAAAGAAAAUGUAUCUUUUUUACCAGAUGAUUGUAGAAAAUCUUUAUUUAAAGGCAAAACUGUUGUUUUCUUUUCAAGAAGACAAUUGGAUAUGUAUAAAAAUGUUCUAACGAAAAGCUCUGCAUCAGCUUUGUUACUUAGUGAGACAAAGAUGACUAAGUCUAUGCUUUGCAAUGAUAAUAUAAUUGUGAUUCAAUACAAUUUAACAUCAACAAGUCAAGAAACACAAAUACAAAAAAAUCAAAUCAAUGAUAUAGUGUGCUAUUUAAAGAGCAAAGGUAAAAGAGUUGUAGCUGAUGCAGAGAUAGGUUUAGCAAUAUUGUAUUGUUCACUAAAUAAAUAUUGUAAUCCUGACUUUAAUUUUUCAUCUGAGGUUAUAAAACAGCCAUCUGAUCAAAGUGUAAAAACUGCAAAUGUAUUAGCUCAUGAAUCAGAAGAACCUUUGCCUAGCAUUUGCAAACAAGAAAAUGUGGUUAUAAAUGAAAGUCUAAAUUCUAAACCUGAAUUGUCUCACAAUGUUUCAACAAUUAAUAAUGGCAGUACUCUAACAAAAAGAAAAUGGGAUGAAGAAAAUAAUGAUGUUAGUUUUAUUAAUCCAAAUAAGAAACUUGCCACUGUCAACAAUAAAUUAACUAGCAUAGAGUGUUCAACAAAACGAACAUGUGAAGACAUUGAAGAAACUAAUUUAAAGCCUGCAAAGAAAUUGGCGAUUGAAAACAGUAAUGAAGACAAGGAUAAUUUUAAUUUCAUGCCAUUGUCAUCAUCUUCUGCUGUUGAUAAUGAUCCUAAGAGAAAGUUAAAUUUAUCGAAACCAAUAAAAAGGAAGCAAGAUUUUGAAGAAAAUGAGGUUAAUUUAUUUAAUUUUAUUGAAGAAAACCCGAAACCAACUAAAAUUUCUAAGGAUGGGAUGAUAGAUAUUGAUAAAAUAAAUUUGUGUAAAAAACAAAAUACUCCUGAAGAAAAAGGUAAUGAGGAAAAUGAUAAAAUAGAUGUAUCAGCUUUAAGAGGAAUCAAACUAGAAGAGUUGAUGCAAAACAAUUUAAAAAUGGAAUACAGCAAUAAUACUGCAAUAGCUAUAAAAGAAGAGGAUAUAACAGGCAUAGAUGGAAAAUUGAAUGAUCUCGAUUUGGGGUCAACAACAGUUGUUUUAAGAAAUGAUUUGAUUGUUAAAAAAGAACCACAGCAUUUAACUUCCGAAAACAGCAAAGUAAAAAAUUUCAAAAAAUUCAAGAAAGUAUGGCCAGUGAAAAUGCAAGUCAGUAUAAUUCCAAAGGCAUUUGUAAACACUUUAGAUAAGUGUCACAAAUUCAGUUCUUCAGAAAGUGAUAUUAUAUUGAGAGAUGAAUGA